AUGGACACCCGAAUUAUUGCUGUUAUCGGCGGAACCGGCGCCCAGGGCAUGCCCGUUGUCAGGGACUUGGUCAAGUCUGGUGACUACAAGGUUCGGGCUCUGACACGCGACCCGGACAGUGCACGUUUCCGGGAACUGCGGUCUUAUGGCUCUGCUGGUGACGUGGAGCCUGUUGUUGGCACGUUCGCGUCGGAAGAAGCUCUUAGGGAGCUCUUCCGCGGAGCCUGGGGCGCAUUUGUUAACAUCGAUGGGUUUAACUGCGGAGAGAAAACCGAGAUCUACUGGUCCAUCCGUGCCUACGAGCUUGCCAUUGAAGAGGGGGUCAAGUUCUACGUCUACAGCAACCUCGUUUACGCUUACAAGCUGGGUGGGUAUGACCCAAAGUUCCGUGGGGGUCAUUACGACGCGAAGGGGAGAGUCGGCGAAUGGAUUAUGCUCCAGAAUGCCCAGGUCGCUCACCAGCAUGGCAUGCGAGCCGCUCUAUUUACAACCGGCCCAUACAUGGAAAUGGCCAUUCAUGCCUAUACGCCCAUGCCGCCCUUGGUCGAAGACGGCGUCGUCACCUGGCGGGUACCUCUGGGGGAUGGAGCUGUGCCCGAGGUCGCCCUUGACGACUGCGGAUACUAUGUCAAGUGGCUGUUUGACCACCCCGACCGGGCGAAUGGGAUGGAUCUCGACGUCGCUAUAGAACAUGCAACAUACUCAGAGGUCGCGAGGGCUUUUGCGAAAGUCACAGGCAAGCCAGCAAGAUACAUUGAUACAAGCUUUGAAGAUUAUUUUGCAACUGUCCCUGUUGCUGAGCUCCCAACAGGUUAUAACGCUGAUCCCAAGGAUCCAGCAACCAUGAAGUAUCGAGACAACUUCACAGGAUGGUGGAAUCUGUGGCGUUACUCGGCCGGAAAUAAGGGUUUAAUCCAGAAAGACUAUAAGAUUCUGGAUGAAAUCCACCCCGGUCGUAUCAAGAGUGUCGAGGAGUGGUUCAGACGGGAGGACGAGCGAGGAAGGAAGUUGGGGCUUGGUAGCCUCUGGGAGAGGGUACAGCCUGAGAAUGUUGGCUUCGUGCUCAAAGUCCAUGAGGAUCAGAGGCAAGGUGUACUAUAA